AUAAGUGAACUUUCUGAGCUAAUGGUUCUAAACACUUUUCAAAUUCUGAACCUUCGGAUUCUCCAAUCAACCAUCAUCUGGAUCCUAAACGAUGGCUUGUGUAUAUUCAACUCUUUGUUACUCACGUGGGUAUAUGCACAUGGCUUUUCACUUACUUUUCUAUAUUAGAAAAUGAACAAAUGGAGAGAACCACUGGAGCUUAUUCUCAGAAGCGAAGUGAUCUCGAUUUGAAAAAAGAUGCUCAAUAUGUGGCUCAAGUGAAGUACUGCAGACAAUCGAUAUAAGCUCAACAUCAUAUUGUCUUGGAUAGAAAAAGAAAAAACAUCUUAGAAAUUUUUGAAAUAAUUUGAGUCAUUUAGUUAUGAGUCUGACUGCAGCUGUGUUCCGACAGUUUUCGUCGAUAGUCUCAAAAACAGUAGUCGGAAAUCAAAGUUUGCGUCGACGAUUGUGCUUUGCUUCGUCAGAGUUUUUUCAUUUUCGGCAGAAUCAACGGAAAAUGGCCGAAGACAGUUCCAGACACUACGAGAAUCGAUUUCCGGAUUUCGCAAACAGCAAUUCAGCGGACGUUAUCAAUAGUGGAACCUAUUCGCUGAGCGAAAAUUUCAAGGAAAGUCUCGAACAGAAUAUUCACACAUUUAUCCGUCGUCUGAAUGAGAAUCAGCAAGAAUGGGUGAAUAGAAAUGAUUCAUCCGUUUACACCGGCAGCUCUGGAAUUGCCUAUCUUUUUUAUUUCUAUGGACAACGUUUCAAUGAACCCACUUACAUGGAUAGGGCACUGGAAUUGAUGGAAUGCGCAGGUAGUAAUAAGAACGAUAAAAAAUCAAUAACAUUCCUGACAGGAGAAGCGGGAAGACUAGCCCUGAGUGCUUUGAUUCAUCAUUCUUCAGGGAAUGUUGAAAAAUCACACGAAAUAAUCACCAGAUUGAAAUCAUUGUACGAUUUUUCGGCAAUGUACUAUUAUGAAGAACUUCUGUAUGGAAGAGCUGGUUACCUGUACAGUCUCUUAUUCGUUAACAAAAAUAUUUCUGAAGGUCUAAUCGAUGAAGAGUUGAUAAAGAAGGUAAUCAAUUGCAUUCUUACGACUGGUAAGAAUUAUUCAACAUCACGAUGUCUGAAAAUUCCCCUUAUGUACAGUUGGCACGAAAAAGAGUACUUAGGUGGUGCUCAUGGCAUCGCUGGAAUUCUCUACAUUCUCCUUCAAGCGCGUGCUUAUUUGACUGAAGCCCAACUGAACGACGAAAUUAAACCCUCCAUCGAUUAUCUGAUAACUCUGAGGUUUCCAUCGAAAAAUUUUCCCUCCUCCAUUGGAAAUAAAGCGGAUAGACUCGUCCACUGGUGUCAUGGAGCCCCUUCUAUGACCAUGCUCUUCACCCUCGCAUUCAAAGUCUUUAAAGAUGAAAAAUACUUGGAUGUUGCCAAGGAAUGUGGAGAAGUUGUUUGGCGACGUGGAUUGUUGAAAAAGGGCUGUGGAAUCUGCCAUGGAACCUCGGGCAAUGCUUACACAUUUCUGAAUCUUUAUCAAGAGACACAGGACGUUAAAUACUUGUAUCGAGCUGCAAAAUUUGCUGAGUGGUGUUUCAAUUACGAGGAGCACCAGAAUCGCAUUCCAGAUCGUCCGUUUUCCCUGUUCGAAGGUCUUGGGGGCAUAGUUUAUUUUUUUGUUGAUCUCUCAACACCAUCCACCGCGAAAUUUCCAGGGUAUACACUCUGAAGAUACAUUAGACAAUCCAAAAAAUGAUGAAUGUAUUUUCAAAAGCUUAGAAUAUAUUUUUCU